GAUACCUGACUACACCAAAAAAUCCAUCAAUACCCAGAUAGCCCUUAUGACAGCUCGAAUUACAGCAAAAAAGAUUGAACAAGCACUAAAAGAACGCCUGGAUGCAGUUGAAGCGAUUAUUCAAGAUGUUUCAAGUGGCUGUGGAACCUCCUUUAGAUGCAAGAUUGUUUCAGAGCGAUUUAACAAUUUGAAUAUGCUUUCUCGCCAUCGUCUAGUAAAUAAUGCUUUAAAGGAAGAAAUAAAUAGCCUUCAUUCCUUCUCCCAAGAAGAUUAUACGCCAGAAGAAUGGAAUAAACUGCAAGAAAAUAAUGUAUCAAAAUAAAAAUCAUAAGAAAUCCAUUCGUAUUUAAUAACAUAAGUGAAAAAUG